GAUGAGGAGCUGAUCGCCGAACCCUGGCGUCCAGGAGGGCAAAACGGAGAGUGAAUCUGCGCAUGCCAACUUUGAACAAUCCACCGGGCAAUCUAGCCUGCCGAACAGUCUUCAAACAUGACCUUUCCAAAUGGCGCUGAGGUCUCAGUCAACCCCUCCGAUGCCCAUGUCGGCCCUACUGCAAAGUCCUACCCAUCUCGCCCAAGUGACCGCCGUGGCUUCGAGAUAGCCAUUAUUUGCGCGAAAACCCUUGAAGCUGAUGCUAUCGACGCCUUGUUCGACUAUCACUGGGACGAUGAAGAGGCACCUGUCGAUAAGGAGCCAGGCGACCCCAAUGCCUACUCGGUAGGCGUGAUUGGUCGUUUCAACGUUGUCCUUGCGUAUAUGCCAGGGAUGGGCAAAGUCAAUGCGGCCACCGUAGCCUCCAACUGCGGAAAGAGUUUUCCAGGCAUCAAGCUUGCUCUCGUAGUUGGUAUUUGUGGUGUUGUACCCUUUGGUCCUACAAAGGACGAAAUAAUACUCGGCGAUAUCAUCAUCAGCACCGGCGUCAUCCAGUAUGACUUUGGACGGCAACUGCCUGGCCACUUUGUCCGCAAAGAUACCCUGGUAGACGUACCAGGCCGACCGAAUCUCGAGAUACGGGGAGUCUUGGCAAAGCUAAAAGGACUUCGACAUCGUCGCCAGUUGAGUGCCAAGAUAAAGGGCUACUUAGAUGUUCUACGUCAGGACCAAGAACUUCAUGCUGAAUAUCCUGGUUCCACGAAAGACAGACUAUUUAAAGCAUCCUACCGCCAUACAGAUGAUCAGAGGUCAUGCGAGCAGCUAGGAUGUAACGGCAAACUGGUGUCGCGAAGCCGCCUAUCGACUGCGGACGCCACUCCAAACCCUGCUAUCCAUUUUGGCUUAAUGGCCUCUGGAGAUGUUGUGAUGAAGUCUGGAGAAGACCGUGACCGCAUCGCCUCGGCGGAAGAUAUUAUUGCCUUUGAGAUGGAGGGUGCUGGGGUCUGGGAUAGCUUCCCGUGUAUCAUCAUCAAAGGCGGUUGUGACUAUGCUGAUAGUCACAAAAGCAAGGCCUGGCAGCGAUAUGCAGCAGCCACGGCGGCAGCUUGUGCGAAGGCUUUUCUAGGCUUUUGGAUCCCUUCGGUUACUCAAGAUGUUGUGUGCCUAGCUGAAAACGUCAAGAGACGCCGCUCUUCAGGAGAUCGAGAGUGUUUUGAUCAGAAAAAACGUCUCGUUGGAGAACUCAUGACGCAGGAGUCGAAGAUCGGUCAGACAGUGAUCCCACUGCAAUUACGAGAGAAUGUGACAACUCGAUCUAGGACUCAUUACCUACCCCUGCCGAGGAACAAGAACUUUACAGGCCGCGGAGAAACGAUUUCUAAACUUCAGAAGCUUCUGUUCACGGAUCCCGAUGGUCAACGAGUUGCCUUAGUCGGUUUGGGUGGCGUAGGCAAGACGCAGAUCGCGCUCCAACUCGCACAUCUUGUGAAGAAAGAAGACCAGCCCGACCGCAGCUCCUCCGUCAUAUGGAUGCCAGCGCUGAGCAUGGCGAGUUUCGAGCAGGCGUGUACCAAGAUGAUUAGCGAGUUUGGCAUCGAACGGAAUGGUGAGGAGACUUCUAAGGACACUUUCAAGAGGUUCCUAAGCUCAGAAAAGGCCGGAAAGUGGUUUCUUAUCAUCGACAACGCCGACAGUAUGGAGAGUCUCUACGGAACGGCUGAGGUCCCAGGAGGUAUCAACCAGUUCGUUCCAGACUGUGAGCACGGUUACAUUCUGUACACAACCCGAUCUCGUGAAGUAGCAGUCAGUGUGGCGCAGAACAACAUCAUGAAGCUGUCAGAGAUGGAUGAUCGAGAUGCUAAGGCCCUUUUACAGAGUUCAUUGAUUCAGAAAGACCAGAUGCAGGACACUGCACUUAUCGAUAAGCUCUUACAUGAGCUCGCCUAUCUACCGCUUGCAAUCACCCAAGCCUCAGCAUACAUGAAAGUCAAUGAGAUCUCAGUCAACGAGUAUCUCCGCCUCCUCCAGAAUACCGACGAGGAUAUGGUAGAGCUGCUGAGUUGUGGGUUCCGUGACAGCACUCACUACGACCCUUCCCAAGGAGCUGUUGCUACUACCUGGACCAUAUCCUUCAAACAAAUCAGCGCUCUACAUAAAGACGCUGCUACACUCCUCUCUAUCACAGCCUGCCUUGAACCGAAAGCCAUACCUCGUGCUUUAUUACCACCAAUGGGCUCGGAACAGAGAAUGACUCGUGCCAUUGGUACGCUCUGCGGAUACAGCUUCUUGAGUAAACGAGAAGAUGGCGAGACGUUCGAUAUGCACAGUCUCGUGCACCUUGCAACACAAAAAUGGAAUGAAGACGAGCAACUUCAGAAAGAAAUUCGACAGAUGGCACUCGCACACAUUGUCAAGGUCUUUCCACAUGACUAUUGGGAGAGCCGUGAAGUGUGGCGGCAGUAUAUGCCACAUGCACUCAGGCUCCUAACAAGCACGGAUGGUGCCGAUUCUAACGACAGCUGCCAACUCGGAUAUUGGGUUGGCCGAUGCAUGCACACUGACGGAGCGGUGAGACAGGCAAUACAUAUACUAGAGUCUGUGGUUAGAAUCCAGGCGACAACCUUGGAAGAAAAUGACCCAGAUCGACUGGCAUCACAGCUAGAGCUUGCAGAGGCAUAUCAAGCUAACGGGCAGAUAAAAGAAGCAAUUACACUGCUUAAGCAUGUGGUUGCAAUCCGGGAAGACUUAUCAGAGAAUGACCCAGCUCGACUGACAUCACAGCACGUGCUUGCAGGAGCAUAUAAAGCCAAUGGGCAAACACAAGAGGCGAUUGAACCGCUUAAGCAUGUGGUUUCAAUCAGAAACAAUACACUAGCAGAGAAUCACCGAGAUCGGCUAGUAUCACAACAUGCACUCGGAGUAGCAUAUCAAGCUGACAGACAGUUCAAAGAUGCGAUUAAACUGAUUGAGCAUGUGGUUUCAAUCAGAAACAAUACACUAGCAGAGAAUCACCCAGAUCGGCUAGUAUCACAACAUGCAUUUGCAGUAGUAUAUGCAGCUGACGGACAGAUCAAAAAAGCAAUUGAACUGUUUGAGCAUGUGGUUGCAGUUGAGGCGAAUGUAUUCCCAGAGAAUCACCCAGCCCGCCAAUCAUCGAUAGCCUGGAUGCAGUACUGCUAUAAAAGCUUAGAGGAAGUCAGCUUCACGGGAGAGUCGGAGACACUGGACAACGAUGAGUAACGUAUCUCAUAUCGAGAUCUUCUGUGUGUCGGAAUCUGGUGAGCAACCCGAGCUUGGAUUUGCUUCGGUUCUGCGUCGACUAUGAAUUGAAAGAGAUCAGGACAAUCAGUCAUGAAUCUCAUUGACGCAG